AUGAUGGAGACAGAUGUACAUAUAAAUAGUCAGCAGCACCUUCACAGCAAUGGUCAUAGCAAUGGCAAUGGCCAUCACACCACCAAUGGAAAUGGAAAUGGAAAUGGCAAUGGCAACCAUAUUGACAACAAUUUAAAUAGAGCAUACAAUACACAUAUGAUUAAUAUUGCCGAUCAGAAUGACUUUAAACAUCAAAAACGACAAAAGUUGUUAAAACAACGGCAACAACAUAAUCCAACAACAACAUCACAACAACAAAAACGACAAGAGGAGGAAAGGUUAAUUGGUGACAACAGUCGUCAAAAAUUGAAUGGCAGUAACAACAACCAGCAUGCUGGUAUCAGCAUGCAAGCUAAUGGAGGACAUUCAACGACCUCGACAACCUCGACCACGAUCACUGCACCAAAGUCACAGCGCGCGACACCGUCCUACAGACUGAGGGAGGACGACAUUGACGAUGAUGCCGACUAUGUGGAUGAGUCAGACGCAUCAUCCGACUCUGAUCCAAAUGUUCUCGACUCUGACGAGCUGGCCAACGCCUACAAGAAUGAGGGCAACGAGUUGUUCAAGCGUGAGUUCUACAGCAAGGCCAUCGAGAAGUACUCAAAGUCCAUCGACUUUAGGCCAUCACACAUGGUCUACACCAAUCGUUCAGCGGCCUACUAUAAGCUCAGGAUGUAUGAGCAGUCUCUGGCGGAUGCUGUUGCCUCGCUACGUCUUCGCAGCACAUGGGUCAAGGGAUAUCUUCGCAUGGGCAUGGCACUGGUGGCACUGAACCGACUGGACGAGGCAAAGGAGUUGUUCUACCGCGGGCUGGAGUUGGACCGAGACAACGUCGACCUUCACAGCAAUCUCAGCCAUCUUCUCGAGCAACUAAAGUCCAAGUCUCCACCUAUCACCGAGGAGAUAAUUCGACAGGAUGAAGAUGCUACUGGUGAUGGUAGUGGCACUGGCAUUAACAAAAACAACAACCCCAACCUCAACAACAACAACAACAGGAAUAAGAAUCAGAUUGUCACCAAAACAACACUUACCUACCUGGCAUUAAUAGCUGCGCCACUGACCAUUCUGGCACUUGUUGCCAACCGUACCUCAAAGCUAUCACUCAAAUCCAUCGUAUCAUUCUUUACAGGAUCA